AUGGGGGAACGAUAUUUUCUUCCAGGUAUCUUCCUAUCUGGCGAGCCCCAGGUCGCGGAUUUAUGGAACCUUAUCGGCCGUGUAUACGAAGUUCAUGCCGACCUGAUGACUGCUGCAAACAGGCCAGAGGUGGAUUUCAUAGCUCGUAUCACAGUAGCAGCGUGGCAGAAGUACGACAUCGAGAUGCGACAACAGAGAUCAGGUGUUCCAGGUUUACCUGCGAUGGAGACCCCCGAGUGGAUACGAAAAUUGUGCUACAACUUCAAUCUGCCGCUGACCGACCCUUCUGCGACAACCGAAGAGGCCACAGAGACUCUCAAUUCCGAUCCGGCUCAAUUUCUGCCGGAAAACUUCGACUUCGACAUAAUCGACUGGUCGGCUUGGGAAGCUCUGAGGUAA